GAGGCAAACAGGUGCUGUACUCACUGGGAAUGUGCAGCCCUCCUCAGAGCGCCGCUGGUUUCACCAGACUGGGCCAUGGGGUGGGGAAGGGUUAGGAGCCAGGCUGAAUAAACCCAUAGUUUAUGUACUGCUGUACUGCUCAUGCUGCUCUUGCCCCUGAUUCAAAAGGAGAGAAUCGUCAAAGGCACUGCUGAUGUGCUCUGACAGAAAAUAACCUCUUGAACUUCUGGGGUGUCUUAACAACUUGGGUCAAAUAUUUAUCUUUAGUGACCCCAGUCCCAAGCCUGAGACCUCCCAGGCACUUUUUUUUGCUGAGCUCCCUGCUUGUACUGUGCUGCAUUCAGCAAAAGGCUUGAAAUAGUUCCUGGAGCUGUGCAUGGUAUACCCACACAGCAGUGAUUCCACCUGCAUCAUUAAUGUGGCUCAUGGGGUAAACGUUUCAUGUGGGGAAGAGGAAGAGAAGUGCUGGCAGCCCUGAUCCCCUCAUUCUGGGUUAGGUCAGGAACCAGAGAGCAAGGCCUCCUGCCCUGGGUUUGUGAGAGGCAGGUUUUUUUCCUGGAGGCAGGAGAGCAGGGGUGAGAGGAGACUGAAAUCAUGGUCAUAAAAUCUGAGACAUUUAACUUUGUCUUACAGAGAGAUCAGAGAGUUGGUCCUUGCUUAGGAGAGAUCAAGAGAGCCCUUGUGGGACCCGAUCAGAUCCUCUUUGCUGCCAUUUUGCAGCAGAUCGAUGAAAUGAAUUUCAUCUUUACCCCACAUUACAUUACAAGCAGGUUUCUCAUUUUCUGUCUGAAAGUAUAUUUCUUGUAGUGGUGAAGGUGGUGCUGCUGUUUAUAACUCUGGGCUAACUGCUUGUCUCUGAGGUCAGAUUCUGGUGACAGCACCGUCGGCUGUGAGUGCCAUGGGGCUGGGUAACUGCCCCGUGGGUGUAGGUGUUGGACUGCCAGGGAGUGGUGGCUGGGGAGUGGGCGUCUUCACAAGACACAGAAAGCCUGUUAAGAUGCUUGAAACAACACAGGGAAGAGUUUUGUCUUUCUGGAGGGAGCAGAGAAAGAAAGGCAGCUGCAGAUGAAUAUCCAGUACUAGCAGGAAGGAGGAGAGAAAAUCCUGUAACAGGGGCUAAGGGCCCGAGUGGUCAGUCAGGGAACCAUUUACUAGAACAGACUGCUGCUUCUAUUGAGUGAUUUAGUAUUACCCCAUUGAUUCGACUUGUAACCAGUAUGUACACAAAAUAUUUUCACCAAGCAAUGCUGAGGAUUAUAGAAAGGGAAGGUGCUGCAAAAAGGCCUACUAACACGCAUUUGCUUAAAUUUUUCCAUUGUAAAUGUUUAUGCAGCCGGCUUUGAAAGCCUUUUGUGACUUGAGAGACAUGGGAUCAGGAAACAGAAACAAUAUAAUGACCAUGAUUUUCUGAACCGGGAGCCAAAGGUUAUAUUCUUAAAUCCAUUCUGAGGUAGCUAACAUGAACGCCUUGAUUAAAGAAUUGGGGAGCACCCAGCCUUGCCAGCCAAGAGCAGCUGGAUCAGAGGUGCGAAGAGCUGGCAUUAAUUACAGUCUGGGAAACAUCACACAGACUGCUGUCAGAUGAUCUGACAUAAGCUUUCAGCUUAUGCUGGCUUGCAGUUGGUUUGUGGAGAGGUGGUGAAUAAGUCUGUCCCUAUGAAUGUCAUCUCCACAAAAUGGGCACCUUUGCUGAAGCUGAAAACUUCCUCAGAGAUGUAUCAGUUUCAGUGUGCUAUUAACUGGGAGCUGUUUGAAGUCUGAACUCUUCAGUUACUUCUGUUUAAAAAAUAGAGAGGCUGGAGACAAAGAAUGAGAGAGUGGGGAAAUGAAAGGCUGACUGCAAAUUGUUUCCACAAAAGAGCAUUAUGUUGAAAAAGAGCAGGUGUCAACUGUGUAUACAUAAGGAAAACGAAAAAACAUGAAAUUUGCUCUGAAAAAGAAAUGUCAUAUUCUAUACAGCUCUAAUAUUUACUGGGCAGAUCAAUCAAGAUUCAGCAAAAGCAUUUAUUAUUAUAAUAUAAUAGAAUGAAAUAAUGAUUUCAUUGAAGAGCUGCUUUAGAAAAACAGGGUUUGUAUAAAUAUAGACAAGUAGGGAAGGUGUAUUUAGAGAGCCUUUAAAGAGUGCCUUGCCUCUUAAAGCAAGAAAGCAUUUCUGAAUCUUAAAGCAGCAGCAUUUAGAGAGUGAAAGGCCGCGGAAUGCUCCUCCCCCUGCACAGAUGUCCCCUGCUUUGGUCACACUGCCCCAUAAAAGGCAAGAAACAAAGCCCUUUUCCUUCUCCUUUCUCUGUGCCUAAAUAAUUUGAUCUGUCAGUUUAUUGACAAGAAAUGGAGUCUUUUACUCACCAGGAGGGUAAUGCCUGAAUCCUGAUAUUCAAAAGAGCCUGCUUAGUGUUCCCUGCACCUAAACUGGUACCAUUCCUCCAGGGGUUCUUCUGUUGCCAGUUCAUCCAUGAAUGGCUGCAGGACUAACAACAUGUCUAGAGGUGACACUCAAGAACCAGCUGCAGCUUUGGGACCCUCUAAGAGGACUCUGCCUGUGAGAUUCCUUUCCAAUGCCGUGCCUCUCUCACGGUGCACUUGGCACAUGGCACCAGGCCUGGCACAGCAGCCCUGUUCAGUGCUCCAGAUACUCCCAACAUGCACAUCAUCACCUGUGCAUGAAAACAUACAGCAGGAGGGGAAGGAGAAAAUGCCCGCCUUGUCACACUGUUACCUCCUCUGGUUGAUUGAGAGGACAGGGAAAUGACAAAUACUUGGAGACUUGUUUAAGCUGAGGCUGAUGUUUUAUUUACCCUCCACAUGGACAGCCUGAACAAUGGCUGAACAAUUCUGAACUCAACCCAGCUUUUAGGGAGGACCUAGAAUGUGGUGGCCGCUGGGACCACAUAACUUGACAGUCAGGAUGCCGAGGAGAGGAAGCCUAAGGGUAAAAAUGGAGUAAGAAUCCCGGUCUUCUCCAUCCACAUGCACUAAAUUAGGGGACUGGCAAGGAGGAUUCCUCCUUUGAUCCUAGGAGUGUUCCUUCCUUCUCUUGUCUCACCCAACCACCCUUCUUUCAUUGUUCUUAUACUGAUCUUACUGGUCUUCAACGUAAACCUCUUUACAAGCAUUAUGAGAGCAGUCUUGAAUGGUCUGUGUGAUGGGGCAGUUUCUGUGAAGGCCACAUGAGAGUCCUCUUGUGAGCAAGAACCAUUGGGCUGCUUAAUUUAUCAGUUUCAUAAUCUCCACACCCACAAAUUGUCUCUGCUGCUUGAAUAAUUCUGCUUAGCUCUAUUUGAAUACCUGCAGGAGUAAAUAGUGUAAGAGAGCUGCAUUGACACAUAAAAACAAGCCCUGUACCCUUCCUUGGCUCAUAUCCUCACUUGGCACUGAUUGCCCUGGUUUUGGUGGAAUUAGCAGUGCUGUAGCUGUCCUACAGUUGAGGAUCACGUCUGUGACUACCAGCUCUGUACCAGAUGUGUGAAUAAAUAGGUGCCUGUGAAAUGAGCUCUAGAAACAGCCUGAAUUUUUCUGCGUCCUUUGCAUCAAUGCUAUCAAAAGACACACAUUCAUGUGGAUACAUGUCCCAGUCCUCCAGACAUCCUGGAAAAACUCAGCUAUGAUCUACAAGGAAUUUAUUUUAAUUUCCCAUGUCUCUUUGUGACUCCUUGUAUAAGGCUGCCUGAAAUCUGGCAGUCUCCUCUCUCCUGUGUGGGAUGAUUCUGAAAGGCGUAUGAUGAAUAGACUCGCAUCACAGCUCUAAGAGAGAUUAGGAUGUUUAUUGAUUUGCCUGAUCUCCCCAGCUGGGGGGAUGACCUCAGCCCACAUUUUGUGACCAUUCCAGAGGUAGUGCAGUGUUUCUGUUACAACCAAGGAAGAUCUGAGUGUGGAUUCUCUUCUUUCUUUUGAGAAGGAAGGGGUUGAACCUGCAUCUUUUGGUGACUCAAAGCGAUAUUGUAUCUUGUAAGUGCUUUGCAGAUAACUUAAAAGAUUUGAUCAAUCUUUUGUUGUGAGAAAGGUAAAAAUAUGUUUUCUAGUCAGUACUUCUUGGGUGAACUACACAAAGCUCAGCAGCUGCUGAGGGAGGUCAAGUUUACAGCACAGUUCAGGCUUCCCUUGGGCUCCUGUGCAUUGAUGUCACCCUCCACUGAACACAAGAUUCCCCCAUCCCCCCUUAAAUAAUAAUCUAAUUGAAUUUAGCUGGGACAAAGUAUUUGUUGUGGGUGCCCUACAGAUGCACAUGUACAGUGUGCAUGCACACCAGGAUGGUGAGAUGGCUUUUCAUUUAAACUGUUGACUAGGAUUUGUGGAUAAAAAUGUGCCUGGCAAUCAGCUGUUGCACUGUGAUUUAGCUGAAAUAUAUUAUUUGCUUUUUCCAAUACAAGUCAAUGCACUAGCCCUUCAGUUUACUCAUUUAUUGCUGAUUUUGGCUUUUGGAUUUUGGAUUUCUGCUUUUUCAUUUCUUCCUGAGACGCCUGCUCUACUGACAGCUAGAGCCACUUGGUGUUUUCUCUCUUUCCGGCCAGAAGAGUGGAAUAACUCCCUCUGAGCUAAUGCUGAUAUCACUUUCUGCAGUGACAUCUGCAAGCAGAUGUUCCUGUUUCAGUGACCAGGAACACUUCAGGUACCGGAAUUGUGUUUAUACCUACCGAAUUCUGCCUGAUAAAGAAAAUAAACUAAUUGUCCAGGCAUCAGAGGGUGUUCCUGUGAGGUACUUUCAGAACCUGGAGGAACUGAUAGAGUAUUACAAGAAGGAGAACAUGGGUCUGGUAUGGCACCUCAAAUAUCCAGUGCCACGGGAAGAGGAGGAGGCUGCUGAUGAACUGGAGGAGGACACUGACCUGGUACCCACACCUCCUGUCCUGCCCCCACGCAACAUCCUCAUGGCACUGCCGAGCAGUGAGACAAAGGACGUCUCUUCUCUCCCCGAAAACUCACGGGUGGCAGAUGUGAAUAAACUGUCCCUUUCUGAGACACUACUCCAGCGACUGCAGUACCAGGACACAAGCAGUGUCUCUGACGAGCAUCUUAAACUCAUCCAGGAUUACCUGCGAGUUCACAUCAUCAGUGACUUUGAGAUGGUGCAGACUGGCUCUUCCAAUCUUCCUCAACUGAAGAAAUUACUUACAGCUCUUUGCAAAGGACUCUUCAGUGAGGCCUCAAGGACUCUCCCAUCUCUGGAGUCCAUCCAGAAGGUGUUUGAGCAGCAGCUGCAUCCUGGUGCCCACCAGCGCUCCCAGAUGCUUGGUGAAGCAAGUCCAGUCAAUAUUGUAUUGAAACUCAACCAGCUGAUUUCUUUGCUGUCUUCUAUUGAAGAAAAGGUGAAAACACUGUUGAUUGAAGGUCCUGAUUCAACACACCGGCGCUCUCUUAUCCCCCCUGUCACUUUUGAGGUGAAAACUGACUCCCUAGGAAUUUUCUCAAAAAUGCAACUCAAAGUGGAUGUGGAAAUGGGAAAACUGAUUAUCAAGAGAUCUAAGGAUGGUCCAGAAGACAAGUUUUAUACCCACAAGAAAAUCUUGCAGCUCAUCAAGUCCCAGAAGGUUCCAAACAAGCUGGUUAUUGUUCUGGAAACAGAAAAAGAAAAAACACAGCGGAAGGAAUAUAUUUUUUCUGAUUCCAAGAAGAGAGAAGGGUUCUGCCAGCUUUUGCAGCAGAUGAAGAAUAAACACUCAGAGCAACCAGAGCCUGAUAUGAUCACCAUCUUCAUUGGCACCUGGAAUAUGGGUGCAGCUCCAGCCCCAAAGAAGAUCACCUCCUGGUUCCUCUCCAAGGGGCAGGGGAGGACCCGUGAUGACACUGCUGACUACAUUCCUCAUGACAUCUAUGUGAUUGGCACCCAGGAGGAUCCCCAGGGGGAGAAGGAAUGGCUGGAGACCCUAAGGCAAUCUCUGCAGGAGAUCACCAGUAUCAGCUUCAAAGUGAUAGCCAUCCAUACCCUCUGGAACAUCAGGAUCGUUGUCCUGGCCAAGCCAGAACACGAGAACCGCAUCAGCCACAUCUGCACAGCCAAUGUGAAGACAGGCAUCGCGAACACGCUGGGUAAUAAAGGAGCAGUGGGGGUGUCAUUCAUGUUUAAUGGAACCUCCUUUGGGUUUGUUAACAGCCAUUUGACUUCAGGAAGUGAAAAGAAACACAGACGCAACCAGAACUACACGAACAUCCUGCGCUUCCUGACACUGGGAGAUAAGAAACUGAGUCCAUUUAACAUCACUCAUCGCUUUACUCAUCUUUUCUGGCUGGGAGACUUGAACUACCGUGUGGAACAGCCCCCGACGGAAGCAGAGAAUAUUAUCCAGAAGAUCAGGCAGCAGCAGUAUCCGGAGCUGCUGGCUUUUGACCAGCUUCUCCUCGAGAGAAGAGACCAAAAGGUGUUCCUGCAGUUCGAGGAAGAAGAGAUUACUUUUGCUCCAACCUACCGCUUUGAGAGAGGCACCCGGGAGAAGUAUGUUUACACCAAGCAAAAAGCUACAGGGAUGAAGUACAACUUGCCAUCCUGGUGUGAUCGAGUGCUCUGGAAAUCCUACCCCAUGGUGCACGUUGUGUGUCAGUCCUAUGGCUGCACCACUGACAUCAUGACAAGUGACCACAGUCCUGUGUUUGCCACCUUUGAAGUGGGAGUCACCUCACAGUUUGUUUCCAAGAACGACUCCAAAUACACAGAUUCCCAAGGGGAGAUAGAGUUCCUGCACUGCUACGCUACUCUGAAGACCAAGUCCCAGACCAAGUUCUACAUUGAGUUUCAUUCUAGCUGCUUAGAAAGCUUUGUAAAGAGCCAGGAAGGAGAAAAUGAGGAUGGAAAUGAAGGGGAGCUUGUGGUAAAGUUUGUCGAGGCACUUCCAAAGCUGACUCCAAUUAUUUCAGACCCAGAAUACCUACUGGAUCAACAUAUCCUGAUCAGCAUUAAGUCGUCAGACAGUGAUGAAUCUUAUGGGGAAGGCUGCAUUGCCUUGCGAAUAGAAGCAACAGAAUCCUUAGCACCUAUCCAUACUGUGCUCACACACCAUGGAGAGAAAACGGGGAUCUUCCAAGGUGAAAUCAAGUUACAAACGUCACAAGGAAAACAGAGAGAGAAACUGUAUGAUUUUGUCAAGAUUGAACGUGAUGAAAUCACUGGUCAGAAACCAAAGAACGUCAGCAAUUUAGAGCCUAACAAAGACUGGGAUCUGGCUAACAGAAAGUCAAAAUCUACUCAUCUGAUGGCCAGAGAGGCAGCAGCCAUCGCUCGCUACUGGGGGAGCGCUGUCUCUUCUCCAGACAGCCCAGGAAAGGAGGAUAUUUUACGCUCCACCCCCACAGACAUCAGCAACCCCAACUACCUGGGCAUGGCUCCCUUCUCUCAGCAGCCCUCUGCAACCUCCCAGCUUAAGCAGACACUUUCAUCAGAGCAGGCACCUUCCCUCUGGAACUAUGAGCAGCAGUCCAAAGAGAACACCUCCUUAAUGGGGCAGAGUCACUCAUCCUCCACAUCACCCUCCUUGUCACCUCUGUCUCCAAAACCAUCCCUCCAGCCAACAGCAAACAGAAGCAUUUGUAAUUGGAAUCAAGAGUACCAGCUGCCUGACAUGGGGAAAUCCACAGCUGAGCCUGUGCUGCAGGAGGAGGGGCAGCAAAGGCCAGAGAUGUUCGAGAACCCACUGUAUGGCUCCAUGGGCUCCAAGGGCAAGGCGGCCCCCAAGAAAGAGCAGGAAUAUCCCAAGGCUUUGUGGAAAGAGCAGCCGCCACUGCCUGAGCAGAGCUGUCAUCUCACAAAGCCACAGGAGCCUGAGUGCAGCAAGACCUCUGGCAAACAGCCAUCACCACCUUUCCUGGUGCCCACACAGCGAUUCCGGUCCUACACUUCAUCCUGCCAACAGGAAGAAAAGAAUACAGGGGAAAAGAGCCAAGGCAAACCAAAGAUGACAACACCACUGGAAAACUCGGCACCGCUCAAAAAACUCGUGAAGCCAUCAAGGGCUGAAGUCAGCCUGAGCAUGCAGGGACAUCAGAACAAGCCACCCCUUCCCUCCAAGAGCCGGGCAGUGCUGGACAUGCAGAACUCCAAGGGCCGUGACUAUCGGGACAGCUCAGAGCUGCCGCACGCCGGGAAGCACCGGAUGGAGGAGGGCCCGGUCAGCAGGACAACCACACCGUGAACGUGACACAGCAGCUGGUGGUACUCUAGGAGGAAUCCUGAUGGGAAGAAUGAUGGAGACUACUGCUUUGUUCACACUGAUGUCCUCUAGUCUGGUUCUAAAAAAGACUGAGGAAUUUUAUUUUUGAGGGUGCAGCCCUCCCUGUGAUUAUGAAAAUGUUAUAGCUGAGAAGCUUAUCCUAUGUUGCUCAGACCAAGAGGGGCCAGGACCACAAUACCAAAUGCAAGUUAUUGUUUUGAGUGUCACUUUGGUACUUCCAUGUGAAGGUGGGUGGCCAAGUACAAGCAUUAGUAAAUGUUUUGGAAAAGAGGACGGUACGGUACAAGGACUAGGAGAUGAAAAGGGUGCAUUGAUAAAAACCCCUUCCUACAAAAGCGAGAUUUCUAUUUUGUGUUACAGGAUUCCUAUUAAAGAGUGAUAUGUAAAAGAAAGCAUCUUAAAAGCGGUACAGCUCCAAAAGCAUGUCCUAUCCAUGGAGCAAGGAGGUCAGGGAGAGUGGGGAAAGAGCAGAUACUGAUGCAGGUCACACACCCUCAGUGGAGCCAGCCUUGCCUGGAGCUCGGGGCUGCAUCCCUGCACCACCCAGGGGACACAGCAGGUGAGGGCCAGCCCACGGCACUGCAGCUCCUUUUCCUUCAAGCAGGCCCUGCUUUGACAGUCCAACAAACAGAGGGAAACACCAGAACCACAGGCAAAAACAGGGGAAGAGGAAGGGCCCAUGGGAGCUCAGGAGUAAAACUGCCUGGAGGGGCAGAUAGCAGCACCCCAGCCUGCCUGGCAGCAAGCACUCUGCUUUGGAGAACACUGGCCAGCUGGUUUUGGAGCAUUCUUAAUAGACUAAUGCUGACCUUACUGUACACUUUUGUUCAUUGACUGAGAAUGAAUAACGUUAACAUACUUGUAAUUUCUGUUAUAUUUGUGUUAAGUAUCAAUACUGUGGUUACUAUUAGACUAAGCAUGUUGUGACUUAAUCACUGUUACUGUUUCCAUGUUGAUUACUUAAAAAGUAAUAAAAUAGUCACCUUUCUGGUCAUUGUUUAUUGAAAAUUCAGAACUGCCUGUCACAUGAUUCAGCUUUAGGUGGGUGUUACACCAGCUUGCUCAGUGACAGUAGUCCCUGCCCAGAGAAAACACCAAAGGCAGCAAGGAGAGCAGGGAGGGCAUAACAUGAACAACUGAGAAUGCAUCCGUCUGUCUGCACAGACCUUUUGUGGAUAUAGCUGCUUUGAAAACUACAGGACAUGUUAGCAGGUACAGUUACUAAUUGUGUGAGUGUAGGAAACAUACAGCAAUUUUACUGAAGGAGAAGAGACCAAGCACAGGCUUGUGAAAAUGAGUGGAAGAGGACAACUUGUAGGUAGAAACCUUUCAAGAAAAGAUGAUUUUUUGCUAUGCAGGUUGGAAUUUCAAGGCAUCGUUACUGAAGCAGCUGGCUCUACAACCUACAAAUCAGCCAGAGAGACCAUGAGCUUACACUCCGCUUGCUUUAUUCAGCAGAACCCUCUCUGUGUAAUUGCCAUAAUUCAGUAGCCAUGGUAUUUUGCUGGCCCUGAGGAGCAUUUCACUUUUCCAGGUUGCAGAAGAACUUGUGUGGCCAUUGAAUAAAACCUCCCUGGAGCAGGUGAGGUUUCUAUCCAAUACAGAGAGUUAGAUCAGCUCUCAGUAAUUCUGGACUGUGUUCAGAUGUGGAGAUGGAAAUGGGAUGAGCUUUCUAUAAAAAAAUUUAACUUCUCAACAAUGAGACACGCUCAGAUUUUUUUGCUUUAUCCCUGACUCCCUAAACUGUAAAAAAUAAAAUAUAUUCCCCAAAGCUUAGAAAUUAAAAGCUGGAUAUAAAACAAA